AAUCAUGGCGGAGAAUGAAACCCUGGAGUGUAUAACGGAGCACGAACGGAUUUUACAGGAAAUAGAGAGCACCGACACGGCGUGUGUUGGUCCUACUCUCCGGUCCAUUUACGAUGACCAGCCCAAUGCCCACAAGCGCUUCAUGGAGAAGCUGGACGCCAGGAUAAGGAACCAUGACCGUGAGAUCGAGAAGAUGUGCAAUUUCCACCACCAAGGCUUUGUGGACGCCAUCACAGAGCUCCUCAAAGUCCGCACAGAUGCAGAGAAACUGAUGGGCCAAGUGACAGACACUAAUCGAAGACUACAAGAAGCUGGGAGGGAGGUGACAGCUCAGACAGAGGAGGUGAUUCGCUGUCGGAUCCAGCAGAGGAACAUGGCUACCACUGUGGAGAAGCUCCAGCUCUGUAUACCAGUGUUAGAAAUGUACAGCAAACUUAAGGAGCAGCUGGAAUCCAAAAGAUACUAUGCUGCAUUGAAAACCAUGGAGCAGCUGGAGAAGGUCUACAUCCCAAGAGUCAGUCAUUACAGGUUCUGUCAGAUCAUGGCUGAAAACCUGCCCAGACUGAGAGAGGAGAUCAAGGAGAUCUCCAUGUCGGACCUCAAGGACUUCCUGGAGAGCAUCAGGAAACACUCUGACAAGGUUGGGGAGACCGCCAUGAGACAGGCACAUCAGCACAGGACCUUUAACAGUGUAGUAGCGAAGCAGGCCAGUUUGGGCCACUACACCAAGCCUGUGUACUCCCUCAAUGGGCGAACACACACUCACACUCACAACGGCUUGUUGAUGGACGACGACACAGGAGAUGAGGAGGAAGGCGAUGAAGAGGUUCUUACAGCUCAGGACCUGGUAGACUUCUCGCCUGUUUACAGGUGUUUACACAUUUACACUGUGCUGGGUGACAGAGAAACAUUUGAGAACUACUACAGGAAACAGAGGAAAAAACAGGCCCGGCUAGUACUGCAGCCACAGUCUAACAUGCACGAGACUGUGGAAGGCUACAGAAGAUACUUCAACCAGAUUGUAGGGUUCUUUGUUGUGGAGGACCAUAUCCUCCAUGCUGCAAGGGGGCUGGUGACCAGAGCUUUCACUGAUGAACUGUGGAACAUGGCCCUGUCCAAGAUCAUCGCUGUGCUCCGCACUCACUCUUCAUACUGUGAUGAUCCAGACCUCGUCCUGGAGCUGAAGAACCUCAUAGUCAUCUUUGCUGACACACUACAGGGUUAUGGUUUUCCUGUGAACCGGCUGUUUGACCUGCUGUUUGAGGUCAGAGACCAGUACAAUGAAACUCUGCUGAAGAAGUGGGCGCUGGUUUUCAGGGAGAUCUUUGAGUUGGACAACUACAGUCCCAUCCCAGUGGAGACAGAGGAGGAGUAUAAACUGGUGAUCAGCCGCUUCCCCUUCCAUGAUGCAGAGAUAGAGAAGCAGGACUUUCCUAAGAAGCUGCCGAUGUCCCAGUCUGUCCCUCAGAUCUACACACAGGUUAAAGAGUUCAUAUACGCCAGCCUCAAGUUCUCAGAGUCACUACACCGCAGCUCAACAGAGAUUGACGAUAUGUUGCGAAAAUCAACCAACCUACUGCUGACAAGAACACUCAGCAGCUGUCUGCAAAACCUCAUCAAGAAACCCCACAUAGGACUAACUGAGCUGGUGCAGAUCAUCAUUAACACCACCCACCUGGAGCAGGCCUGCAGGUAUCUAGAGGAGUUCAUAACAAACAUCACCAACGUCUCCCCCGAAACAGUGCACACCACAAGACUCUAUGGCUUGUCCACUUUCAAGGAUGCUCGUCACGCUGCAGAGGGAGAGAUUUAUACCAAACUCAACCAGAAGAUCGAUGAGUUUAUCCAGCUGGCAGACUAUGAAUGGGGCAUGGCUGAGUCCGACGGCCGAGCCUCUGGAUAUCUCAUGGACCUGAUCAACUUCCUGCGCUCCACUUUCCAGGUCUUCACACACCUCCCGGGUAAAGUGGCCCAGACAGCGUGCAUGUCAGCCUGUAAGCAUCUGUCCACGUCACUGAUGCAGAUGCUGCUGGACACAGAACUGAAACAGAUCAGCAUGGGGGCAAUUCAGCAGUUCAACUUGGAUGUCAUUCAAUGUGAAUUGUUUGCCAGCUCUGAGCCGGUUCCUGGCUUCCAAGGAGACACACUCCAGCUGGCCUUCAUCGACCUGCGACAGCUCCUGGACCUGUUCAUGGUGUGGGACUGGUCAACGUACCUGGCAGACUAUGGCCAGCCAACCUCCAAAUACCUGAGAGUGAAUCCAGCCACUGCCCUGGCUUUACUGGAGAAGAUGAAGGACACCAGUAAGAAGAACAACAUCUUCUCUCAGUUUAGGAAGAAUGACAGAGACAAACAGAAGCUGAUAGAGACAGUGGUCAAACAGCUGAGGAGUCUGGUCAACGGCAUGUCCUCCUAAACACACACACACACAC